AUGGACGGCGCCUAUAAAAUAGGAGAACUGGUAAAUUUCAACGGGGGUAGGGUGCAGCCUCAGAGCCUGGAGCCAAAGCACGCUCUAAUCUUCCGCGUCGAGAUCGGGGGCCACAUGGUGGCCUAUGUCUCCGGCGAAACCAAGCCAGCACGCCGAACGCGCAUGGUCAAGACGGAUCUCAUCGCCCGCAACGGAGUGUUCGUACACGUCGUGGACAAAAUCUUGUACGCGGAAUAG